AUGAGUGAAGACUGUCUCUAUCUGAAUGUCUUUGCGCCGGACUCUGCGCACAACAAGACAGUCAUGGUUUGGAUCCACGGCGGGGGAUUCAUCUCCGGAUCCACAGUCUUAUACGACGGCUCUAUUCUGGCGGCCAGACAUGACGUUAUCGUCGUUUCCAUCGCCUAUCGAUUGGGAAUCUUCGGCUUCCUGUCGGCCAAUGGAUCCCUACUUCCCGGCAAUUACGGGCUUCACGACCAGGUGUUAGCUCUUCAGUUCAUCAAAGACAACAUCCAGGGUUUUGGCGGAAACCCUGAUAAUGUCGUACUCUUUGGACAGAGCGCCGGCGCGAUCAGUGUUGGCUAUCACUUGAUUUCUCCGUUGAGUCGACACCUGUUCCGACGAGCCAUCCUUCAGAGCGGCAAUCCUUUAGUGCCGUUAAUGCUUACCGGAAGGAACACCCAAACUAUGGCCGCCAAUGAUGUGAUUCGAGACUUGUGUCCACUACUCGUCACAAACGAGACUCAAGAAGUGACUGAAGCCGGCGUCUCCUGUUUGCGACGCGCCAACGCCUCUCUUCUCACGGAUUCGUUCUUUAAGGUCUUCUACUCGAGAUUGGGUUCGUUUGCUCCCAUUGAAGACAAUGACUUCUUUGGCGAACAUCCGCAGGAAUUGGUCGACAAAAAGCAGUUCUUCGACACCAAAGAGAUUCUCAUCGGAACCGACGUCGAAGAAGGGGCGUCGUUUGCAUCUUACGGACCGCUCGGAAAGUUCCGGCGCAGCGACCGAAUUGACGCCAAUUUCACGCGACAGACACUCGUCCAGACCUUCAACGAAACCCUUCCUCCAGAAAUGCGUCCCUUCAUUGAGGCCGUCCUCGACUACAUGCUGUCGGACGUCGAGAAUACGUCGGACCCCAAAGAGGUGUGGAAGAGAUACGUGGAGAUCGUCGGCGACGUUGUAUUCGUCUGUUCAGACCUCCAAUUCAUUAACCAAUACUCGGCGUCCAAUCAAACCGUUUUCUACUACCGUUUCCGACCGAAACCUAAGUUCCAAGCGUUGGGUCCGAAGUGGGCGACGGGUGCCGUUCACUCGGAGGAAGUGGCGUUUGUGUUCGGAAUGCCUGUCGUCGUGCAGAAGAUGUAUACGUUGAGAGAGAUAGCACUCAGCGAGGCAUUGAUGACUGUUUGGACGCGUUUCGCGAAAACGGGAAACCCCAACGACGCGUGGCUUCCGUACAGCCAAUCGCAGCCGCUCUACAUGUCCUUCGAUGUGGACAGCAGUCACAUGACUCAAGGCUUUCCCGGCUUUAAGUGCGACGACUAUUACGCGGAAACGAUGGCCAAAGUUCGGGAAUUCGCCAGAAGUGGUCAAAGAUUGAUUCCGCCGGGUUUGCCGAGAAAACUGGUCGCGAGGUUUGUGAUCAUAUGUGGGAUACUCGUGAGUUGGGAGAACCAGCUGUUGAUGUCCAGCAUAUUGUUCACCGAACCGUUGGUCGACGCGCCGGAAGCCGAGUCUUGGGCCGCGACUAAGACUGCGGAACACAAGAGGUAA